UGAGUGUUCAGGAGUUUCUGGCUGCUCUUCAUGUUCAUCUGACCUUCAUCAACUCUGGAGUCAAGAAACAAAGAAUAAGGAACGAAGAAGAAAAAAAUAUAUAUAGUUCUUCAUUACCUAAUACACCUAAACUAAAGUCUCCUCAUCAGAGCACUGUUGACCAGGCCUUACAGAGUCCAUACCAACAGCUGGGGGUCAUCCCAAUGGAAGAAAAUCUAACAUCUAACAUGCCUUCAUUUGAAGGCAUGUUAGAUGUUAGAUGGAUGGAUCCCUCCAUCCAUCCAUUUUCUUACACCCUUGUCCCUAGUGGGGUCUGGAGAGGUGCAGGUGCCCAUCCUCAGCGAGGGAACUCAGGCAAGAGGGAGUGUACACCCUGGACGGGUCGCCAGUCCAUCGCAACAUUAAAAAAAAUCCCAACAUCUAACAUGCCUUCAAUUGAAGAAACACUAACAAUACUUGACCAGCCUUCAUUUCAGGGGAAGCUAAAAAUAUGGCAUCUCCAUCAGAGAGCUGUUGACCAGGCCUUACAGAGUCCAAAUGGACACCUGGACUUGUUCCUCCGUUUCCUCCUGGGACUUUCACUGCAGACCAAUCAGAGACUCCUACAAGGUCUGCUGACACAGACAGGAAGUAGCUCACAGACCAAUCAGGAAACAGUUCAGUACAUCAAGAAGAAGAUCAGUGAGAAUGUGUCUGCAGAGAAAAGCAUCAAUCUGUUCCACUGUCUGAAUGAACUGAAUGAUCGUUCUCUAGUGGAGGAGAUCCAACAGUCUCUGAGUUCAGGAAGUCUCUCCACAGAUAAACUGUCUCCUGCUCAGUGGUCAGCUCUGGGUUUCAUCUUAGUGUCAUCAGGAAAAGAUCUGGAUGUGUUUGACCUGAAGAAAUACUCUGCUUCAGAGGAGGCUCUUCUGAGGCUGCUGCCAGUGGUUAAAGCCUCCAACAAAGCUCUACUGAGUUACUCUAACCUCUCAAAGAGAAGCUGUGUAGCUCUGACCUCAGUCCUCAGCUCCCCGUCCUGCAGUCUGACAGAACUGGACCUGAGUCACAACAACCUUUGGGAUUCAGCAGUGGAGCUUCUUUAUGCUGGACUGAAGAGUCCAAACUGCAAACUGACGACUCUCAGACUGAGUGACUGUAACCUCUCAGAGAGAAGCUGUGAAGCUCUGACCUCAGUCCUCAGCUCCCAGUCCUGCAGUCUGACAGAACUGGACCUGAGUCACAACAACCUUCAGGAUUCAGGAGUGGAGCUUCUUUAUGUUGGACUGGAGAGUCCAAACUGCAACCUGACGACUCUCAGACUGAGUUGCUCUAAACUGUCAAAAACAAGCUGUGUAGCUCUGUCUUCAGUCCUGAGGUCCCCGUCCUGCUGUCUCAGAGAUUUGGACCUGAGUGACAAUGACCUUCAGGAUUCAGGAGCAAAUAUUCUAUUUGUUGGUCUGAAUCAUCCAAACUGCAAACUGAUGACUCUCAGACUGAGUGACUGUAAACUCUCAGAGAAAAGUUGUGGAGCUCUGUUCUCACUUCUAAGCUCCCAGUCCUGCAGUCUGACAGAACUGGACCUGAGUCACAACAACCUUCGGGAUUCAGGAGUGGAGCUUCUUUAUGCUGGCCUGAAGAGUCCAAACUGCAACUUGACAACUCUCAGACUGAGUGACUGUAACCUCACAGAGAGAAGCUGUGUAGCUCUGACCUCAGUCCUCAGCUCCCAGUCCUGCAGUCUGACAGAACUGGACCUGAGUCACAACAACCUUCAGGAUUCAGCAGUGGAGCUUCUUUAUGCUGGACUGAAGAGUCCAAACUGCAAACUGACAACUCUCAGGGUGGAGCCUGCUGGAGUCCAAAGUUUGACACCAGGUCUUAGGAAGUAUUUCUGUCAACUCACCAUCGACACAACCACAGCGACCAGAAACCUCAAAGUGUCUGAAGACGAGAGGAAGGUGAUGUGUGGAGAAGCUUCGGUUAAAUCCCGAUCAGAUUUGAUCGUCCUAAUGUGCUGUGCAGAACUGGUCUGACUGGUCGUUGUUACUGGGAGGUUGAGUGGAGCGGAUGUGUUGAUGUAUCAGUGAGUUACAGAAGAAUCAGCAGAGACUGGAGAUACUUUGUGUGUGAUCUGAAUCAGUGCUGGACUCUGAGAUGCUCUGAUCAUCAAGGUUUCUCUGUCUGGCACAA